AUGGCGGUGGAGACGAUGGAAUUUUCAACGUCUUUCUGGGCCAGGGGGGCGGAAGUUCAGCGGAUCGGCAACUUCCACGCGGCCUUUUCGACUCUCUACAACAGCUUUCAAAUGCUUUUGCCAGAUGUGGCCGGAAAGUAUUUUGUGAUGUUGCAUGACCACAUCUGUGGCCAGUGGCUCAAGGGCGAGCUGAAGGUGAAAGAUGGCUGGUAUGUGUUUAACAUUUACCACCCAUCUGUUCAGCUAGACUUUGCCGGCAAACUCAUGGGCUACUCAGGCCUGCGAAAGCCUGGAAGGCUCACAGCCGUAGAGCAGGCUGAGCUGGAAGCAUUCUUCGACCCCAUGUUUUCAGAGACAGGAAUGAAAGCGAACAAUUACAAUCAUCGCUUUCCUCCAAAUCUACUCAAGUUGUCCUGCACCUCCUCAGAUGGCCAGAAACGGCUGGCAGCCGAGAUUCAAGCACAGUUCCAGAAGCGCUUGUACCGAAUGAUCUCAGGGAUGCUAGAACAAUUGAAAGCGGCCCGGACACAUGUGGAGGGCAUUGUCUUGACCGGGGGAUGUGCUUUGAACGUCAUUACAAACCAGCUGAUCCGUGAUACUCUCACCAAGGAGGGACAAAAAGCUGGAACACAGUCCCAUCACCGCACUGACUUCAGGCCCUUAGGCGUCUACGUGCCUCCUGCGCCUAAUGAUGCAGGGCUGGCAGUGGGUGGUGUUUGGGCCGUACAGCCACCGCGAAUGGUGCAGCAGUUGCAAUACUUGGGCUUCCCGCUCUUUGACGAGGAGAUCCUAUUUCAAGAGGUUCGCCAAAGAGCUGCCUCGAAUCUCAACGAUUUAGGAGGUGUUCACUAUUUGGCUCAACUCUUGACCUCCAACUCCUCUGUGAUGGGCGGGAAGCCCAUUAUCGCAGUGGUUCGAGGACGUCAGGAGUUUGGACCACGUGCCUUGGGGCAUCGGUCCUUGCUGGCAGUUCCUGACAGCUACGAGAUCAAGGCUCGGUUGAACCGCUUGAAGCACCGCCAGUGGUACCGUCCAGUGGCUCCGAUGAUCGCGGAAGAGGACUUGGUGCAGGUCUUUGGACGAAAGGUGAUGAGCCCCAGCAUGGAGUUUGCACCCAAAGUGCUGAAGGCUGUCCAGAAGCGCUUCCCAGCACUGGCUCACUAUGAUGGCACGGCCCGGCACCAAUCGGUGAGCCAAUCAGAUGAGCCAUGGGUACAUUCCUUGCUGUUAGCCGUGGGGAAGCGCACGGGUUUGGCUGCAUUGAUCAACACCAGCUUCAACUCGCGAGGAAAGCCCAUUGUGAACACUGUGAGUGAAUCUUUGGAGAUGUUGGACACAAUACCAGAUCUCGAUUAUUUGGUUAUUGAACAUUGGCUCUUCAAAGCACCUCGGGUCAAGAGGCCACUGCCGAAAGAAGAGCCAAAAGGGUGGACAAUGAAGCCCUUGGAAUAA